CACGAGGCGGGCCGCGCCCCUCCGCCUGGAGAAAAAAGUCCUCCAGAAGUGAGAAUCAAUCAGGGAGAAGUUAGAGGGUCAGAAGGAGAAAAAGAGAGUCAGAGAGAAGGACGGAGAGGAACAUCCGAACCCCCGCGCAGCCAGGAUGGCUCGGUCCAAAACGUUUGCUCGGCCUUUCUAGUCCAGUUCGGAUUAUUUGGACGCUCGGUGAGUUGACGUCCUGCUGUAAACACUGACGUGUGCGCAUUUUUUUUCUUUUUCUUUUUUGAAUUGUUUUGCUGCUGCUGCUUUGGACGGACGGAGUGGGUUUUUGUCCGAACCCCCUUCGGGUGGAUUUGAGAGAAAUGAGUGAGAGGAGGCGAUCAGCCGCAGCUCUGAGCUCUAGAGCCCACGCGUUUUCCGUGGAAGCCCUGAUCGGCUCCAACAAGAAGCGGAAGCUCCGCGGCUGGGAGGAGAAGGAGCUGGAGCUGUCCAUGGAGAGCCUCGCGGCGGACGGAGAGGACCCGGCGCACUGUCUGGAUAUGGACCCGGACUCAGAGGCGAGUCCCGGUUCGGACGGAGAGGGUCUGGCCGAGAGGACGUCGUGCUCCUUCGGCUCCCCGGCAGACCUGACCCCGGGCCCCUGCGACGCCUCUCCUCCGGCCUCCAUGGAGGAGAUCCAGGUGGAGCUGCAGUGCGCGGACCUAUGGAAGCGCUUCCACGACAUCGGGACGGAGAUGAUCAUCACCAAGGCGGGCAGGAGGAUGUUUCCCGCCAUGAGAGUAAAGAUUGCAGGACUGGACCCUCAUCAGCAGUAUUACAUCGCCAUGGACAUCGUACCUGUGGACAACAAGAGAUACAGGUAUGUGUAUCACAGCUCCAAGUGGAUGGUGGCAGGAAAUGCAGACUCCCCGGUGCCCCCUCGGGUUUACAUCCACCCAGACUCUUUGGCUUCAGGAGACACCUGGAUGAGGCAGGUGGUCAGCUUCGAUAAGCUCAAACUUACCAACAAUGAGCUGGACGACCAGGGUCAUAUCAUCCUCCACUCCAUGCACAAGUACCAGCCUCGUGUUCACAUCAUCAGGAAGGACUUCAGCAGCGAGCUCUCCCCCAACAAACCAGUCCCAAGUGGGAACGGGGUGAAGACCUUCAGCUUUCCUGAGACCGUCUUCACCACCGUCACGGCUUACCAGAACCAGCAGAUUACCAGAUUAAAGAUCGAUCGUAACCCUUUUGCCAAAGGUUUCCGGGACUCGGGUCGAAACAGAACCGGCCUGGAGGCCAUCAUGGAGACCUACGCUUUCUGGAGACCUCCGGUGAGAACCCUGACAUUCGAAGAUUUCACCAACAUGCAGAAGCAACAAGGUGGCAGCACUGGGACGUCUCCCACCACAUCCAGUACAGGAACUCCUUCUCCAUCUGGUGCGGCACACCUCCUCUCCCCCUCCUGCUCCCCCCCAGCCUUCCACCUGGCCCCAAACACCUUCAAUGUGGGCUGCAGAGAAAGUCAACUCUGCAACCUGAGCUUGUCGGAGUACCCAGCCUGUGCUCGCAGCAACAUGGCGGCGCUGCAGGGCUACGGCGGCCUGGCUGACGCUUCCUACGGACGCCUCCAGUCUGCAGGAGGCGCUGUGGCCUCAGCUCAGACCUCUGAAUCCUUCUUGCCACAGAGGACUUCCUCACUGAUCGCUGCGGGCAUGCAGAGCGGUGCUCAUGCCUCUUUGACCAGUAGUGGAAGUGGCAGCAGCGCCGCUGGAAAGAUGGAUGCCUACAGCGGCCAGCUGGGCUCUUUCCCCACCUCUCAGCUUCAGUAUGUGAUGCAGGCCGGUGGCAGCUCCAGCUCUGCAUCAUCAUCCUCAGCAGGAUCCACCCCUUCCUCUGCUCACAUGUUCAGUGGCAGCCACCACCACGUCCAGCAAGGUUCUUACAACGCAUUCUCCCUUCACAACCCCUACAACCUGUACGGAUACAACUUCCCCGCCUCCCCUCGCCUGGCUGCCAGCCCUGAGAAGCCUCAGUCAGGGCUGCUGUGCUCCCCCACUCCAGCAGGGGCCUUCCCUGAGCGCCAGUACCUGUCCAAUGGAAGCAUGGACACUAUGCACAUGAUCAGCAAUGCCACCGGUGGCCAGCAGGGCAGCAGCUCCUGUGAUGGACGUCAGUAUGGCUCCUCCUCUCAGAUGUCCAUGCACAUGGUGUAGGAACAGUGACAGAACCUCACUAGGCUCCAUGUUGCUCGAGCCUUUCAGGUGAAAAUGGAAACUCAAACCAAAAAGGCCUGAUGCUGAGCUUGAACCAGUAUUUUACACGUUAAGGUGCCAAGAGAUAGAGAAGGUUGACACUACUAUUUAAGUCUCUGUGUGUUAAUGAAGACAACCCUUUGGUCCGUGGCUCGACACUUAGCUUCUGGUAGCUAAGAAACAACAAACUCAGCUCAAAGGGACGAACUGGUUCUGGUUCUGGUUCUGAAGGACGUGAAACAUUACGGUGCAAUAACAGAGAGCCGCUUUAGGUGACUCUUUCAGAGACUCAAAGGCCAUCUGGUCUUCCUGCCGUCUGUAACCAAAACAACUUCCACUGUGAUCCACAGAUUUCUGCUCCAUCCAGCACUUUUAGGUUUAGAAAUGAGCGAGACUCGGUGUCGUGCUGCGGCGGUCUGAGCUUUGGGCUGGAGGGAAAGAGAGGAAUCAGGAUGUUUUAGCUGCAGAGCCCAGCCGAGGAAACGGGUCCUCCAGCAUGCAUCCUCGUUUGUGUUUUCCUCGUGGACGUAAAGGGCUUCUCUAUAUUUGAGUGAAUUUUGUUUUCAAGUAUAUAUGAGAUGGUGAAUGCAUCAAUAACAUAAGCUUCAAAAGUUGUGUGAAAAGUUUAAACGUAAGCAAUAGCAUAAAAGAGUACAUUGUGUUGUGGUGUGUAUUACAGAUGUGUAUUUAAGUGUUGGGCAAUAUAGCAAUUUUACCACCCAAUGUGUUAUUAAAAAUGAGUGAAAAAAGGAAAUAAAGUCAUUCUUUUUCUUUA